CUUCCAUUACUGUUUAUUGUUUUUUUUUUUUAAUUUUAAUUGACGUUUAACAUAACCUCACUUAUCACGUGUGUCAGCUGUGUGGUUGUUAUUUUUAGUCGAUUUGGUCUGGUUUUAUUGAUUUAGUUCCUUAAAAAGUCAACAAGUAAUGCACAAACACUUAAAUCUUUAAGAUUUAUUUCUAAAUACAAUGAAGGCGAUAAAACGAAAUGAUUUCAAAGCGUUAAAACUGAAAUAUGAAGAAAGUUCUAAGCAUCCUCAUACAAUAUUUUUCAAAGAACAUUCUGUAAGGGACCACACGGCGGACAAGCCCUCCGGACGCACUAUGUUUAUUGUUAACGUUCCUCCGUAUGCUGAUGAAAAAGGACUCAUUGAUGCAUUUAGUGAAGCAGGUGUUGUAGAAUCAGUGCAGUUUUGUUUAAAACCAAAUGCAACAGAAACUAAAACAGAUAGUUUUAUACAAGAAAAAUGUAAACCUUCUUUUAGAUUAUGUUAUUUAGUAUUUAAUAAAGUAGCAGAGUUAGAUAAAGCUUUAAAGUUAACAGAAUUGAAACCCCUCAACUCUGAUGGUCAUAUAAACUUUGGAAUUAAUAAGUGGUUUAAUGAGUACAAUGAAAAUGUUGUCAAACCUAAAGAUUUGAAAGAAAGUAUUGAAAAGUUCAUGCAGAAAUAUGAUGAAAAAGUUAAAAAAGAGUUGGAUGAAGAGAAGAAAUUAGAACAAGAAGAUGAAGAUGGUUGGGUUACUGUAACCAAGAGGGGAAAGGUUCAAAGUUUUGCUCGUACAGAAAAAGUAGAAAACAAAAUAAUGGCUAAAGAAGAAAAAAGUAAAAAGAAAAAGGAAUUAAAGAACUUCUACACUUUCCAAAUAAGAGAAUCUAAAAUGAAGCACAUUGUGUCUCUGAGGCAGAAGUUUGAAGAGGAUAAAAGGAAAAUAGCACAAAUAAAACAAAGCAGGAGAUUUAAACCUUUUUAAUAAACUAGUAUUUACAGUAUACACA